CUGUUUCUAAUCGUGCCAUCACUAUCCAACGUGCUUUAUUAUUAUGAAAAAAUUUGUAAAUAAAUAAUUAAUUAUUUAAUAACAAACAGAAACAGAUUUACGGUUUGACUACAAGUGGGCGUGUCACUGCCGCAGUAUUUGAAAAGGGCAAUUAAGUUGCUUUCAAAGUGUGAAAUAAGUUGGCACAUUGAGAAUAGAAAAGGCUGCAUAUAAAUAAAUUACCAAUCUGCUGCUAAAAAACACCAAAAACCUUAAAUAAUUCAUCUUACAAAUAAAAAAAUAACAUGGCGGUGCUACCACCAGAUCCAGUGUUCAGUCUUCGAUGUCCAGAGAUGGGAGCUGUCAAUUCCUUAUGUUUCCAUGACAAUGAGCGGCUUUUGGCUGGAACAAUUAAGGGCAGUGUAUUCCUUUGGGAUUUGCAGACCAAUCGCUCAGCUCUGCAUUUCGAAGUUGGUAGUGAUCCCAUAACCAGUCUACAUCACACGCCAGAUCGUCUGGUUACUCAAGAGAAGGGAGGAGCUGUUACCAUGUUCUCUAUAAGCAAUAGUAGCUAUGUGAAGGAGCGCAGUAUUCCUGGAAAUCAUUUGGGCUACUGCCGCACGGCUCUGCACACUAAUUCCAAUAAUACUAAUGAGCAGUUGCUCUUUUACCCCUGCGAAGAGUCUACCAUUGGCGUGUUGCAUGUGACGGAUCCGGCAGCGCCCACACAAAUGCUAGUGCCCGAUGAUCCGCAAUUGCCCAAAUUGGGCAGUGUCACCUGUUUCAAGCCCUUUGAGUGUGCCUCUCAGUUGUUCCUGUUGGCUGGCUAUGAGUCUGGACAUUUUCUCACCUGGGAUCUAAGCUCUGGCGUUAUGGUGGACAUUGUUGAGCUAGCCCCCGAUCCAAUGACAGUGGACUAUGAUUCCUUAACCAAUCGUGGAAUAGUGGGUGGGGCUUCGGAUAAACUAACUACAUUUAGUUACCAACGACAAUCCAUGCAAUUGCAACGCGGCACCGAACUGUGCAUCAAGAAUGCUGGAGUCAAUUGUGUUCGCAUACGUUCGGAUCAGAAAGUAUUUGCCAGCGGUGGCUGGGAUGGACGCAUUCGCAUCUUCUCCUGGAAGAGCAUGCGUCCAUUGGCUGUGCUAACACAGCAUAAGCAAGGAGGCGUCAUGGAUUUGGUCUAUUCCAGCCAAUCGGUGGCCAUGUGGCGAGCACCCAUUAUGGCAGCUGCUGGCAUGGAUGCCCAGAUCUCACUCUGGGAUCUAUACAACUGAAGAGUUGCCGAAAGUAUCUAUUAUAUACAUAUAUUUAGUUUUAAGUGUUACAUCGUGUUGACUUUUGAUAUUUUCGGCAGCUCUACAUACAUAUUUUUAAUUUAUAGUUUUAAUUAAUCAACGACUUGACAACGAGAAGAGUCAGAACUGAUUGUUAAUCAUCUACGCCUUAACUCUCAACUAUGCCUAGAGUAAAAAAUAAAUGAAGUACAAUUAUCAUCAACUUUAAAUUAUGUCCAU